CUGCGGGCGGCGCUGUGGCCCGUCGGGCGGCCCCACGGAGCAGCCGUAGCCGCCCGCCUCCCCCGACCCAACGUCUCCGCCGCCGGCUCCGCGCCGCCGCCAUGGCCGACGUGGAAGACGGCGAGGAGCCCUGCACCCUGUCCUCUCACUCCGGGAGCGCCGGCUCCAAAUCGGGGGUCGACAAAAUGUUCUCUCUAAAGAAGUGGAACGCCGUGGCCAUGUGGAGCUGGGACGUGGAGUGCGAUACGUGCGCUAUCUGCAGGGUCCAGGUGAUGGAUGCCUGUCUUAGAUGUCAAGCUGAAAACAAACAAGAGGAUUGUGUUGUGGUCUGGGGAGAAUGUAAUCAUUCCUUCCACAACUGCUGCAUGUCCCUGUGGGUGAAACAGAACAAUCGCUGCCCUCUCUGCCAGCAGGACUGGGUGGUCCAAAGAAUCGGCAAAUGAAAGUGGUAGAAGGCUCUCUUAGUGCAGUUGUUCCGAGCCCUGGUGAAUCUUGUUAUCAAGUGCCCUAUAAAGGUUAGAACACUCCCAGGGGAUUAAUUCUUCAAAUAGGAGGCGAUGGAUCUGUAGUCCUUUGGGACUUAUCAAAGGCACAGUUUAGCAUUUUGUCAGUUUUCUUUUCAGAAAUUCUGUACAAUCAAGAAGGUAAUUUAUUAAAGAUUGUCUUUCCUACCUCUGUAGUGUGUGUCAUACACACUGCUUAGAAGUGCUGUAAAAAAAAGGAGAGAACUCCAAAUUGAAUGACCUUUAUAAUUUACCAUUGACAUAAAGGGGCUGUGGAAGCAGUUCCAUUCAGAGAAGUUUUUGCAUGCUUAUGACUGAUCAGUUUUUAAAAAAGAGAAUGUUAUAGUAACAAAUAAAGUACAGUUUAAAAUCCAA